CGAUUGUAGUAACAAAACACGCCUUCGAGGGUGGACGGUUCUUCGGUUCUCUGUGCCCAAGGUACGUUGUUGCAGCCGCCGGGUCUUGGCCAGGAGUUAUCCUCAUCUCCUCCUUUGUCGCUAUCCAGCACAGCGGCCUUACGGGAGGAAGAGAACAAGGCAGCGGUCGAGAGAGGUGGGACGCGGCGAAGGGCUGUUCACUUAGCAGAGAAAACGCCGCCCGCCGUCCGCCGUCCCCGCAGCUUGCACGCUACUCGUGAAGGGUUCAGUCGAUCGUAGUGAGAAGAGGCGAGAGAGAGUCCAUCGCUGCGCUCGUCUCCCGCUAACGUCUCUUUUCGAGGAAGCAGUUAGUACUACAGGGGAAGAUGAUGCUUUUCCAGAAACUCGGCGGCGCCUUGCGCGUCUGUGCCGCGAGAUCCUGUCUUCUGCGCGAAGCAGGAGCACGUGCUUGUGUGUCAGCGACGACGCAUAAUAGGCUCUUUACGACAGAUGAGCAGCAGGCAGAUUCGCAGCCGACGUCGAAACUGUUUGUUGGAGGAUUGGCGUGGGCAGCUGACGACAACACCUUGAGGAAUGCGUUCGCCGAGUACGGAUCCGUGACGGAAGCGAAGGUCAUUGUUGACAGAGUGACUGGUAGGUCGAGGGGUUACGGGUUCGUCAGCUUCGAGACAGAAGAAGAUGCGUCGAAGGCCAGGGAUGGCAUGAACAACCAGGAAUGGAUGGGGAGAAUCAUCCGUGUAGACUGGGCAGUGCAGAAAUCGCCCGAAGAGAGGUUAAUGAGCCGCGGUUCAAACCGCCGGUUUAGUCCCCGUGGCGACUAUGGCUCGUCAUCCCGUGGUGGCGGCUGGUCUUCGGGCGGCAUGAGCAGCUACGGAGGGAUGUGAGUUACAGUGUAGCAAGGAGGGUGGUGGUUGGGUAUGUACUACCUUGAAUACAGCGGUGGCUUCCCCCCCCCUUCUGUCUCUCCCUCGAUUUCAACACACUUUCGAUCAAAACGAUUCCCUUCUGUCUCUUUCGAUUUAAAGCUGCGGUAGGUUUGAUGACUAGCGUCUUUUAAUUGGAUCGAGAACGAUUAUGAGAAUGCCCCUUUUCUCAACUCUGUCCGCCUCGCCUUCAAUCAUGCAAAAAUCUGUUUCAAUGCGCGCCAAUGCUGUAUGGUGGUAAGACCGGUGGUGAGGUCGUAGAAAAAUGGAUGGAGAGAGAGAUAGAUAGAUAAAUAGAUAGAGAGAGAGAGAGUAACUGCAACGGCCAGUGGAGCGGGGAUGCUAUUUUGGUAUUGGCUACCUUUUGAGUCGACGGACGGAGGAGAGAAUGUUGGAGGGAGAGCGGGUUUGUUCUAUUUGGUGAUAUACGAUUUAGGAAAUGUAGAUUUCGAUGGAAUGUUUCGUCUAUUCUUGGCAUAUGGUGACACGGCAACAGAUGGCUUUUUACCACGUGUGCUAUCACUUCGUGUUGGUGCUGAUGUUUGUCCAUGAGCGGCGGCGUGUGAAGGGAUGCCAGGUCAUCCAUGUAAUCGACCGACUAGCAUCCUCGGUAGUAGUUGCAGCCCAUCUAAACUUGUUUGAGAGAUUGAGCUUGGGGUCCGAGAUGGCUAUUAACUGGCCUGCCGGCAGAAGCGAGCGCUUGUCUUGUCUAGGUAUUAUUCGUGUAUGCCUCAUUUUGCCAGGAAAUGAUGACGAAAGAGAUGUCCUGGCGGGGGAGGGUUUGGGGGGGUUGCUGCCAAGCUGUUUCAUUAGGAGGCGAUGAAGCCCUUGAAAAACUUAAUUACUACUUCGUUUCCUCUACUUCGUUGUCGUGGGUGAUGGCUGAGUUUGCCCAAAAGUACGCUAUUGAUCUAUGCCCUUUAGUUCAGGUGAAGAGGGUUUUUAUCCGAUAUGGAUGAGAGGAUGGAUGCGGUUGUUGGUCCGUUGAUGGAUGGAUAUAUGUGGUUGAGGAUGAUAUGAUGAAAUGAGGCUGGGGGGCCGUCUCUUGUCUCUUGUCUUGUCGGCGGCACAGUCGUGUGCCAAAAAAAAGAGACCUGGCAGGAAUGACGAUCAGGAGGGCGAUGGGCUUCGGAGGUCUUGGACGAGGAGGGAGGGUGAAUGCUUACCUUCGCUCCCUGCAUGCACUGAUUAUUGUAAAACACAUCACUUCAUUGCUCGGAAACGUUAACUAAUUCGUUCGCGGCGAUUUUGUUUGCUUGAUACUCUACUCUGAUAUCUUCCUUCUUGUGCCACAGGAAAAAUGUCCCUGCGUCUGUGUCGGCCUGUCUGUGUGGGGCUUCUCUUGAAUGUCUUUUUUGUGUUACAGAGAGAGAGAGAGAGAGAGAGAGAGAGAGAGAGUUGACGUUCCUGUAAAUGCAUGUCAAUGUCUGUGAUUGGUGGGUAAGAAUUAUGACGAGAGGUUUCCAACUCUGAAUCUUAAGACAUCGAUGGUGUGUGAGGUUUAGCUAGGUCCGUUACUGACGAAGUGCAGAGUACCAGUGUGGGGCAAAGGAAUCCGGGAUCAGGAAUUCGACGAAGGAGCAUGAUGUCAUUGUUCGCGAAGACGAUCUUUUGUUAGAGGACGGAGUGGGUUUUGUAGUUUACCAAACUGGCAUAUAAAACGGUUUACUAUGAGAUGUAAUCUCCACGGAAAUGAUGCUUGUUUGUUUUCAAGUAAUCAGAUGUAAUCCACUUAGUAUCUAGGAGGGAGGGAGGGCCACCUCGGAACACGUUUUCCAAGUUUUCAUUUCUGUGUGGCAAAAGCACUCCUGCUGCGCAAGUGAAAAAACAGUCUUUUUCCCAGCGGGUGAAUGACGUAGACAGCCGUUUGCG